GUUGAGCGGCAUUACUUUUCCAACGUCCUUCUGACCUUUGCUCUCAUUUGUUUGGUAGUGUACAGAUCCAUUACCAUGGGGGACGAUUACCCCACGCUGUUCCGUUCGGAACAGAUGAGCUUGAUGCAGUUCCUUAUUCCAACUGAAGUUGCCCAUGACACAGUUGCGGAGCUCGGUGAACUGGGAAAUGUUCAAUUUAUGGACUUGAAUCCUGCUGUUAAUCCCUUUCAACGUUCCUUUGUCGGUGAAAUACGGAGAACGGAAGAAAUGGCACGACGUGUUCGGUUCUUUGAAUCUCAGAUUCAGAGGGAAAAGGAUGUGGUUCCUAUCCGUCCUCUAUAUGAUUCAGCGCCGUUAGUCACGGUUGGGCCGAGUGCUGCGCAUAAUAUUGAUGAGCUUGAUGUCACACUUGCCGAGCAUGAGACGCGGCUAGUGCAGAUGAAUGAUAGCUAUAAGACGUUGAGUGAGCGUACAAGGGAGCUGGUGGAGGCCCGACAUGUUCUUCGAGAGACUGCCGUGUUUUUUGACAAGGCUGAGACCCAGCAGACUGACAUCAGGACUUCUUUCGAUGAUAGCUCCGCACCUCUUCUGCAACAUGAUGACCGGGAACAACAAUACUUAUCCACUGCACAGUUUGACCUCGAAUUCGUUGCUGGCACCAUCGACCGUACCCGUAUAUCAACAUUCGAGCGCGUCUUAUGGCGUGUCCUGAGGGGUAAUCUUUACAUGAAUCACACUGAUAUCACAGAGCCCUUCGUUGAUCCUGCUACUGGCACUGAGACGCGCAAGAAUGUGUUCAUAAUUUUCGCGCAUGGUGAUGCCUUACUUGCGAAGAUACGAAAAGUGGCAGAGUCGAUGGGUGCGACACUCUAUCCAAUCGACGCUAAUGCCGACAAACGAUCAGACUCUCUGCGCGAGGUCACCGCACGCUUGGAAGACUUGGAGACUGUGUUGUAUAACACAGGUGUCAACAGACGCAGUGAGCUGUUGAGAAUCGGAGAAAAUCUGGCUAGGUGGCAGGAUGUCGUCCGCAAGGAGAAGGCGAUUUAUGAGACGAUGAAUCUUCUCAACUACGAUGUCAGGAGGAAGACACUUGUCGCCGAGGGUUGGGUCCCAACAAGGGACCUUGCCAUGAUCCAUAUGGCACUCCGUCACGCCACGGAGGAGUCUGGAACGAGUAUUGUUCCUAUCUUACAAGAGCUGAGCACGAGCAAAACGCCACCAACCUUCACGCGUACCAAUAAGUUUACUGAAGGCUUCCAGACCAUCAUGGACGCUUACGGUAUUGCUACCUACCAAGAAGUCAACCCUGGUCUGUUUGCCAUCAUUACGUUCCCUUUCUUAUUCGCCGUGAUGUUUGGUGAUAUUGGGCAUGGAUUGAUUAUUUUCUUUGCCGCAUUGUACAUGAUUUUCCAAGAGAAGAAAUGGGCACGACAGGAACUUGAUGAGAUCCUCGGCCAGUUCUUUUAUGGUCGAUAUAUCAUUCUUCUCAUGGGCGUGUUCUCCGUCUACACCGGCCUCAUGUACAACGACAUUUUUUCCAAGAGUCUCCACAUCUGGCACUCUGGGUGGGACUUCCCUGAGUCAGAUGGAGUUUCAUACGCCGUUUCUAAUGGUCAUAUCUAUCCUUUUGGGAUAGACCCUGGCUGGCACGGUGCGGAUAACGGGCUCGUAUUUACAAAUUCAUACAAGAUGAAGAUGUCAAUCGUGCUUGGAGUCAUUCAUAUGACAUUUGCCCUUUGUCUACAGCUCCCAAAUCACAUCAAGUUCAAACGCCCGCUUGACAUUUAUGCCAAUUUCAUUCCCCAAAUGAUCUUCUUGCACUCAAUUUUCGGCUAUUUGGUCGUAUGCAUCCUUUACAAGUGGUCGAUUGAUUGGUCCACCCGAGACACGGAGCCUCCCUCAUUGUUGAACAUGCUAAUUGCGAUGAUCUUGUCACCAGGGAAGGUAGAUGCGGCUGCACAGCUAUAUCCCGGGCAGAGUUUCAUUCAGGUCGUGCUUCUUCUACUCGCGAUGAUCUGCGUGCCCUGGAUGUUGUGCAUGAAACCGUACUUCCAAUGGAAGGAGAUGCAAAUGAUCCAGGGUCAAGGGUAUGUUGGACUUGGUCACCGUAACGGUGGGCCUCGUGAGAGUACAGAUGAAGUUCUGGAGAAUGAGGAAGAGGGUAACGGUCGUGCCAUUGUGGAGGAGAUGGAGGAAGAGCAUGAACACCACGACUUCAGCGAGGUGGUAAUCCAUCAGAUAAUCCAUACCAUUGAAUUCUGUCUUGGCUGUAUCUCACAUACCGCAUCUUACCUUCGGCUAUGGGCCCUGUCAUUGGCACAUGCUCAGCUAUCCGAGGUGCUGUGGUCAAUGACAAUCGAGAAAUUUUUGGGGCUGUCCGGUAUCUUCGGGACGAUUGCCCUCGUAAUGGUGGUUGUUUUCUGGUUCUUAGCAACGGUGUUCAUUCUGUGCAUCAUGGAGGGUCUCUCGGCAUUUUUGCACGCGCUUCGUUUGCACUGGGUCGAAGCGAAUAGCAAACAUUACCAAGGAGAGGGAUAUUCGUUCACGCCGUUGAGCUUUGCUAAGCUAGACGAGAAGGAGUGACCCCACACAUAUUCUUUUCUGAUGUCCUGUAGAUAUCGAGCAAUAGGACGGUUAGAUAAUUCAAA